GAAGCGGCCAUUAUUAUCUAAACUCGUCCCUUCUCCGAGUAAGAACUUGUUGUUGCCUGAAAGAAGUUUGCCACGGAAGCAAAGUUUCUACUAAUCCCCGAGUGAUUCAAUCGUGAUUUGUAGCUGCCAUUCUAACGGCUAAAAGGCAAUACAAUUUAUUGUGACGUUAAACUAAAAGGAAAAUGUUCAGGGUAUGACAGGCGGAGUCUAUGGAUGAAAUGACACGGAAGAGGCCCCGGUUGGUGUUCUUCCAUCGGCUAGUUACCGUCUCAAAAACAACGGCCAUUCUCGUCAUCCUGUUUAUCCUGUUUAGCAUAUUUUUGAUCCUUUUAAUCCACAAUCUCCCGAUCAGCAAAGUGUCAUCCAGCAAUCCAUCACGUUACCACUGGAAACGUGAUGGUCGUCGUGCGUUGCCACUCUGCCCACUCGUUUCUCCCCUUUCAGUUGGGUGGCUGGAUCUGUCGGCUGAGAUUCCGGCUCUUUUGGAUGACUCCGCUGCUUUGCGAGACACGACGACGAACGCGGGAUUGAAAGAAGGCGGCAGUUACCAACCAAAGGAUUGCCAGGCACGAAGUCAAAUUGCGUUGAUUGUGCCCUAUCGAAAUCGCGAGGAACAGUUGACAGUUUUCCUGCGUUACAUGCACCCGUUCCUGCAGAGACAACAGCGACACUACACCAUUUUCAUUGUCGAACAGACCGGUGAUUUACCUUUUAAUCGAGGCAUCUUGCUAAAUAUCGGAUUCUUGGAGGCCAAACGUCGUGAAGAAUUUCAAUGUUUCAUUUUUCACGAUGUCGAUAUCCUUCCGGAAGACGACAGGAAUCUCUACUCGUGCCCGGAUUCCGGCAGACCACUUCACAUGUCCUUUGUUAUUGACAUUCACGAUUACAAGCCGGUGUCGUUGAUGUUCCUUUUCGGCGGAGGAGUGAUUGCCAUAUCGGAGUUGGAUUUCAUCCGUGCCAAUGGCUACUCGAAUGUCUUUUGGGGUCCGGGACUGGAAGACGAUGAUUUCUAUCGUCGCAUCAGGCGAUUGAAUAUGACUGUCGUUAGACCGCAAUCGCCAGUGGAUCAUCUACGAUACAGAACGCUCUAUCACGAUGCCGAUGCGGAUGUCGAUCCGCAGAGACAGACACUUUUCGAUGAGGGUUACCUUCGAUUCGAAUCGGAUGGACUUGCGAAUCUCCGAUAUCGUCUCGUCGAUUUGCAAAUGAAACGACUCUACACUCACAUUGUCAUUGAUCCAACAUUAGCUCUUUCCAACGAUUGAAAUCUUUAAUUAUCAUUUAGGAUAUCAGAAAGAAAUAGACCGUCAGUCAAAAACA